AUAAAUGCUAUGUAAAUCAACUUGCAUAUUCUUACAGAAUAAUAGAAAGAUAAGCAAAUCUUCGGGCGAUUAACAGAAAUUUACAAACAGUCCUAGAGCAAGCAAACAUUUCUUAUCGUUUGAUCAAUAUUGUCUAGAAUUUUGUUCGAUUUUUGAGCCAAGAAAAAAAAAACAAAUACUAGCAGUGAAACUAUACUUUUUUUUUGCUCUUCCUUAUUAUUUUCAACACUAAACAAAUAAUAUCUUUUUCUUAAAACUGAUGUCAAAGGAAGUAUUAUUGAUUGUUCUAGAUUUCGAGAUCGAUAAAUGUAGCCAAUCAUAUAUCACAAGCGAGGGGUUUGCAAGAAAUAUGGUUUAAAUUCCCUUUACGAGCAUUUGUACGUAUAUAAAAAGAACGGUUUGUUUUCUUUUCCUUUUGUUUUUUCUGUCAUGUCAUUAACUACAUCUUCCCCAAUUGACCAUUGUAAAGUGAGUCGCAAGCUCACAGUAAAUAUUCACCAUCAUACACCUAAUGUCCGCCCUAUAAUCAAAGGCGCAUUUAAAGAGGCAUCAAACUCCCUGACUGAAGCUUAUCUCAAAGAUAACAUCAUGGGAUGGUGUGUCCAAGGUCUAGAGCAAAAAAAACAUUAUGAAUUCCUUUAUACACUUUUUAAACAUAUGAUUAAUGAAUCCUCUCUCCAGAGUCGAGAUUUUGCAUUGCAAGUAGAUGGCUGUAAAGGCAUUCUUAUCUGGACAAACAACCCUAACAGUUCUCCUUGGCCACGCGUGCUGAGCACCAUCAAACUGGCUCGUCUGAUAGGAUGGGCAGCUGCCAUUCGUACUGUCACUAAAGUUGGUCCUUCAUGUGAUAAACUCAAGCGUAAAAUCAUGGCAGAUCAUCCUCAAUAUAUUACAAUUGGCCAUGUAGGCGUAUUGCCACAAGAGCAGCACAAGGGAUACGGGUCUGCUCUUGUUCAUUACGUGCUUGAUAAAGCUGAUAAUGCCAAGCAUCCUGUCUAUGUGGAAGUAUCUGAUCCUGUCAGUGUCAAGUUUUUCGAGCAAUUUGGGUUUAAGGUGCAAGGUACUGUCUUUAUUGCGAAUCGUGCUGAACUGCCUGUAUCCAUCAUGGUACGUUUGCCUGCCGUUUCUGGCACUCCUGAACGUCUUCACAUCAGACCAGGAAGACGUGAUUCUGAUAAUUCUUUUUAAAUUUUGUAAAGCUACUUCUGUACAUAUAUACAUAUAAAUAUACAUAUAUCUUUUCACUCGUAAUAAAAAUGCAUGUUAUAUCUUCUACAAUUAUUGAUGCUUUUUGGAAGAAAUAAGAAGAGCACAGACCAUUCGAGAGACUGACUAAUUUAUAUUUCUCUUUGAUCUCCGAAGCUUUGAUAAUCU